UCCGUCAUUUGAGUAUUUUUAAUUAUUAUUCUAUAGUAUUUUAGUUAAUUUUUAAGAGUAUUGCAUGAUCAAAGAGAAAAAUUUAUGAAGAAAUUGACACAUAAAAGAGUUCGAAGAUAAAAAGCCUAGAAGAAAAAAAAGACUUGGAAAACAUUCUAAAAAUUGCAAAGACUUGGAGAAAUAAGCUUUGAAGCUACUGUUUUUCUCGCGUCCCUGCACAGUUCCAGCCGCGGUGCGAUUUGGAUUUUCCAACACAUGACAUCAUCAACGCAUCAGCAUGAGGCAAUCAAGCUUUUAAUCACAUGCCACCUAGGCAUACACGUGACUUGCUUUGUUGCAAGGCAUAUAAAUAAAGAAGCACUAAACCUAAGAAAGGAUCACGCAGGCACGGAGAAAAGAGCAAAAACGCAGUCACGCACCGACGGCUUGCACAGCAGAGAGAAUUGGUGAUUCAAGUCAUUCGACCGUAAUUUUAUGUGUAAUUCUGAAUACUCUUUUUAUCUCUAAUUAAUAUUAUGAGUAGCUAAUUUCUCAAUUGUUAGGGAUGAGUAAACCUAGAUGACUAUUCUUAUUUUAUGAUUUGAUUUAUGAUUAUUGAAGAAUUCUAUUAAUUAUUUUUCUUAUAUCUGUGCUUAAUGCUUUUAUCGAUUGAUCAUCGUUAAAUUGAUUUAUGAUUCAUAUUGUGAUACGGGAGUUGAAUUUAUGAAUGCUUUGAUAUAAGAAAUUCUUGCCUUUGUAAUUUAGGAAUAGAUGCAAACCCUUGAAACCAAUUUAGAAUUCUUGUUCAUUCAUGCUUAAUUCUAAUCUUAAAUUCACUAAGGAAUUAGGAAUUAUUUUAGAAUUAACGACUCUGUCACUAAGGAAUUAGGGCACGAAUACUUUAGGGAAUUCGGUAAUAAUUUGAUAAAUACCUUCAAUAGUCAUAAUCAAGUCACUACAUUAAAAUAGUAGUCUAGUGAAACUCAUCCCUGACAUUUUUAUUAUUAUCAAAUACAAAGUAAUUUUCGUUGUUAUUAUUAUUAUUGCUAUUGCAACCAAUCAAACUGAAACCUUUUGUUCAAUUGAGUAAAAAUCACAAUUCAACAGUAUAACGCGAUCCUUGAGUUCGACACUCGGUCUUACCGUUUUAAAUAUAUUACUUGCACGAUUUCGUACACUUGCGAAAAUCGCCAUCAAGUUUUUGGCGCCGUUGCCGGGGAUUGCCAAAUCAUUGUUGAAUUUUUAUUUUUGCUUAAUUGAAAUUUUUUGCUCUGCAACAAAAUUUUUGCUUUUAUUUUAUUUUAAUUAUUAUUCAAUACUCUAUUACUCACUAUUUGUCUAAUCUUGUAUGCGAGGCCAGGCCUCAGCUGAACUUCUCUUUGACGCAGAAAUCGAAAAGACCGCUCGAGCAAAUCGAAAAGAAGCUCGAUUGAGGAAACUCAAAGAGAAGGAGGAAAGUAGUGAAGUAAACUUUGACAUAGACGAACAGGUACACGAGGAAGUUAACGAGAUGGCAGAUGAAAAUCCGCCACCACCACCAGUGGAGAGACUUCUCGGAGACUAUGGUGCCCGUGACAGAAACCGAAACAGAUUGACCAUUACUAAUCAGCCUGUGACGGUAAACAAGUUUGAAAUCAAUCCAGGAUUGCUGCGUGAGCUGAAGGAGAAACAGUUUGCAGGAAAGUACAAUGAAGAUGCCAAUAAGCACCUGAAGAAUUUCUUUGUGAUUUGUGAGACAACAAAGGUGGAUGGUAAUUCUGAAGAAGCCAAACGGUUGAGACUAUUUCCAUUCUCACUAACUGAUGAUGCCAAAGAAUGGUUCGACUCCUUACCAGCUGGUAGCAUAACAACUUGGAAUGAAAUGGAAGACAAGUUCUUGGAGCAGUUUUUUCCUACAGCUUUGUUUGUGAGAAGGCGACAAGACAUUUCCAACUUCCAACAAAAAGAUGGAGAAUCACUUGGAGAAGCUUACAAGAGGUAUAAGAAGUUACUAGCCGCAUGUCCAGAGCACAAUUAUGAUGGUACUGUUCAAAUGCAAAUUUUCUGCAAUGGUCUACUCCUUGCUACUAGACAAGUUUUAGACACAGCUUCUGGUGGUUCCAUAAAUUUCAAAACCGCUACUCAAAUCAUAAAAGUCAUUGAAGCUGUCGCACUAAAUGAACAAAUGGAGAUGUAUGACAGAACUGGUGGUACAAGAGGUGGACUCAUAGACCUGAAUCAAGUUGAACACAGAAAUGCUCAGAAUAUACUCACCAACAAGCAGAUUCAAGAGGCAGUGUCAGCUGAAGUAACAAAGAGAAUGGCAGCUCUUAAUUUAAGUCAACCUCUAGUUGCUUCAGUUAACCAGAUGAACACUGUGAGAUGUGACUGGUGUGCAGGCCCUCAUUUCACUAUGCAUUGCGAUGUACCUAUGGAUGCAACACAAGUAGAAGCGGUGAAUUUUCUCAGCAACCAAACAAAUCGCCAACAGAAUAAUCCUUACUCAAACACAUUCAAUCCAGGCUGGAGGAAUCAUCCAAACUUCUCAUGGAAGAACCAACAAGGUGGCCCUCAAAGUCAACAACAAGGGGGUUACCAAGGAGGCACAUCAAAUCAAUCGUCUGUUCCACAAAAGAAGGCAGAUUGGGAGUUAGCUAUUGAAGCAAUGGCCACAAACAUGAACUCUUUCACUCAAGAGACAAGAGCUGCACAAAAGAAUACAACAGCUUCAAUAAAAAAUCUUGAAAUUCAGGUUGGUCAAAUUGCUCAACAACUCUCACAACGAGCUCCUGGAAGUCUUCCAAGCAAUACUGUUAUUAAUCCAAGAGACCAUGGUAGUGUGAAUGCUGUUGUUACAAGAAGUCAAAAAGUGAAUGAAUCACGAUCACCCAAUUUACAAAAGGGUGGGAGUGAGUCAUCGCCUACACUUGUUGAGGUAGAGUUGGAAGUUCGAAGUACUGAAAAAGAAGAUGAUGUUGAAGUGCUUGAAAAGAAAGAAGAACCAAUUGUGCAAAAGAAAGAGAGCCUUCCGAAACCAGAGAUCAAGUUACCUUUCCCUCAAAGGCUUAAAAAAGAAAAAGAUGAGAAGAAUUUCGGUAAGUUUCUAGAGGUGUUCAAAAAGCUUCAAAUCAACAUUCCUUUUGCCGAAGCUCUUGAGCAAAUGCCUACUUAUGCAAAGUUUAUGAAAGAUAUCAUCUCAAGAAAGAGAACUAUUGGUGAUGAGAAGGUGAGACUCACAGAGCAGUGUAGUGCAAUUUUACAGCGGAAGAUUCCACAAAAACUCAAAGAUCCUGGAAGUGUCACUAUUCCUUGUACCAUUGGGGAUAGAACUUUCAAGAAAGCUUUAAUUGAUCUUGGAGCUAGUGUAAGUUUGAUGCCGCUGUCCAUUUACAAGAAGUUGGGUAUUGGGAAGAUUAAUAAUACCAGGAUGACAUUGGAGUUUGCUGACCAUUCAAUAAAACACCCAUACGGUAUUGUUGAAGAUGUUCUAAUGAAAGUGGACAAAUUAAUAUUUCCGGUGGAUUUUGUUGUUCUUGAGAUGCCGGAAGAUGAUGACAUCCCGUUGAUCCUUGGAAGACCAUUUUUAAGGACGGGAAGAUGUUUAAUUGAUUUAGAAGAUGGUACUUUAACUUUGAAAGUGUAUGAUGAAGUUGUCAAGUUAAAUGUCCUUGAAGCAAUGAAACAUCCAGAAGAAAAAGAGGAGUGCUAUAGGGUUAAUAUUCUGAACUCAAUAAUUGGGGAACAAAUAAAACAUCAAGUUCCAAGUCUACCCCUUGAAAGAGUUUUGAGUUUGCCACCAGAAAUUGUUCAAGAAAAUAAAGACCCUAGAGAAUGUGAAGUUCUAACUAUGUUGGAGGCUCUUCCAUCCUACAACCGUCGCACCCCUACUAGGUGGGAGGAGUUACAUCCCAAAGAAGAAGUUGUUAUGGAAGAAUCAAAGAAAGCACCGGUAGUUGAACUUAAGCAAUUACCCUCGCAUUUGAAGUAUGUGUUCCUUGGUGAGAGGGAUGAAUAUCCGGCUAUUAUAAGUGCAAAUUUAAGUUCUUUGGAAGAAGAAAAAUUGUUGAGAAUCCUCAGACAGUACAAAGGUGCCAUUGGGUGGUCCAUUGAAGACUUGAAGGGCAUAAGCCCUACUUUCUGCAUGCAUAAGAUUUUGAUGGAAGACAAUCAUAAACCAGUGAUACAACCACAGCGGAGACUCAAUCCAGCCAUGAAAGAGGUAGUUAGAAAAGAGGUGGUUAAGCUACUUGAAGCAGGUCUUAUUUAUCCUAUUUCCGACAGUUCGUGGGUUAGUCCUGUCCAAGUUGUUCCAAAAAAGGGCGGGACUACGGUGGUGAUGAAUGAAAAGAAUGAGUUAAUCCCAACUCGUACAGUCACUGGAUGGAGAGUUUGCAUUGAUUACAGGAGGCUGAACACUGCAACAAGGAAAGACCACUUUCCAUUACCUUUCAUUGAUCAGAUGCUAGAGAGGUUGGCAGGUCAUGAUUACUAUUGUUUCCUAGAUGGGUACUCCGGUUAUAAUCAAAUUGCUGUAGCACCGGAGGAUCAAGAGAAGACCGCCUUUACCUGCCCCUAUGGGAUAUAUGCUUACAGGAGGAUGCCAUUCGGUUUGUGCAAUGCACCCGCAACUUUUCAAAGGUGCAUGAUGUCGAUAUUCUCCGAUAUGAUUGAAAAACAAAUCGAGGUAUUUAUGGAUGAUUUUUCUGUUUUUGGCUCUUCUUUUGAUAAUUGUCUAAUUAAUUUAUCUCUUGUAUUGGAAAGGUGUCAAAAAUCUAAUUUGGUUCUAAAUUGGGAGAAAUGUCAUUUCAUGGUGAGAGAGGGAAUUGUUUUGGGUCACCGAAUCUCUUACAAGGGGAUAGAGGUUGACCAAGCAAAAAUUGAAGUAAUUGAAAAACUUCCCCCUCCUACUAAUGAAAAAGGUAUUAGAAGCUUUUUAGGUCAUGCGGGUUUUUAUAGGAGGUUUAUUAAAGAUUUUUCCAAAAUAGCAAAACCUCUUACUAAUUUACUUGUGAAAGACACACCUUUCCAAUUCAAUGAUGAUUGUUUAAAUGCUUUUAAUAUUUUGAAGCACAGGUUGGUCACUGCCCCUAUUGUCACUGCACCUGAUUGGUCACUACCUUUUGAAAUUAUGUGUGAUGCAAGUGACAUAGCUGUUGGGGCAGUGCUUGGGCAAAGGAAAAAUAAGUUGUUGCAUGUAAUUUAUUAUGCUAGUCAUGUCUUGAAUCCAGCACAACUUAACUAUGCCACUACUGAAAAAGAACUUUUGGCUAUUGUUUAUGCUUUUGAUAAAUUUAGAUCUUAUUUAUUAGGAUCUAAAGUUAUUGUUUACACUGAUCAUGCUGCGUUGAGGUAUUUGUUUGCUAAGCAGGAAUCGAAGCCGAGACUUUUAAGGUGGAUACUUUUGUUACAGGAAUUUGAUCUAGAGAUCCGAGAUAAGAAGGGGUCAGAGAAUACUGUGGCAGACCACCUCUCACGAUUGGAAACAGUGGAAGAGACGGAAGAGAAGAGGCCAAUUCAGGACCUCUUUGCAGAUGAACAUAUUUUAGCUGUGACAGUUGCACCGUGGUUUGCAGACUUCGCAAACUACAUGGUGGGAAGUACAAUUCCCUCUGAUUUUACCUCCCAACAACGCAAGAAAUUCCUCCAUGAUUGCAAAUUCUAUGUGUGGGAUGAGCCGUUUUUAUAUAAAAGGGGGGUAGAUGGAUUGUUAAGACGGUGUGUUCCGGAAGAUGAGCAAGAGAAAGUGUUGUGGCAUUGUCACGACUCAAGCUAUGGCGGUCAUUUUAGUGGAGAUAGGACUGCUGCAAAGGUCCUUCAAUCUGGUUUGUUUUGGCCUACAUUAUUUAAGGAUGCUUUUACCUAUGUUAAGAGAUGUGACCGCUGCCAACGCACAGGAAAUAUUUCAAAAAGAAACGAGUUGCCUCAAAAUCCUAUGUUGGAAGUAGAAAUUUUUGAUGUGUGGGGAAUUGAUUUUAUGGGACCUUUCCCAUCCUCAUACUCAAAGAUGUACAUUUUAAUGGCAGUGGACUAUGUCUCUAAGUGGGUAGAAGCAAUUGCCACUCAAACCAAUGAUGCUCAAGUAGUGGUUUCAUUCCUCAAGAAAAAUAUUUUCUCACGCUUUGGAGUUCCUAGAGCGUUGAUUAGUGAUGAGGGAACCCACUUCCUCAAUCGAAAGAUGGAGGCAUUACUAAGAAAGUACAAUGUGCAUCAUCGGAUUGCAACUCCAUAUCAUCCUCAAACUAGUGGACAGGUGGAGGUAUCUAACAGGCAAAUCAAGCAAAUUUUGGAGAAGACUGUGAAUGCCUCAAGAAAAGAUUGGUCAGUAAAGCUUGAUGAUGCAUUGUGGGCUUACAGAACUGCAUUCAAAACACCUAUAGGUAUGUCUCCUUUUCAAAUUGUUUAUGGAAAAUCUUGUCACUUACCUUUGGAACUAGAACACAAAGCAUUAUGGGCCACGAAAUUCCUAAAUUUUGAUCUUUAUAAAGCGGGUGAAUCCAGAGUUCUUCAACUCCAUGAGUUGGAUGAAUUUCGGAAUUACGCUUAUGAGAAUGCCAAAAUUUAUAAAGAAAAAACAAAAAAUUGGCAUGAUAAAAAGAUUCAAAAUAGGGAAUUUCAAGAAGGGCAGCUAGUUCUACUUUUUAAUUCCAGGUUGAAGCUGUUUCCUGGAAAAUUGAAAUCAAGAUGGUCUGGUCCAUUCAAAGUUACAAAAGUAUUUCCAUAUGGUGCCAUUGAAGUUAAAGAUCCAGGUUCCGCGAGAACAUUCAAGGUGAACGGACAAAGACUCAAACCAUAUUAUGGGGGAGAGUCUGAGCGGCCAAUUGAAUCCAUCCCUUUGAAGUCCACAUGACAAAGUGGCGCGUCAGGCUCGAGACGUUAAACACGCGCUUGAUGGGAGGCAACCCAUCCAUUAUGCUUUACCAUUCAUUUUUCAUUCAAAAAAAAAAAAAAAGAAAGAAAAGAGAAAAAAAAAAAAAAAAGAAAAAAAAGAAGACUAUCAAUGAUGUCACCUGCUGUCUGCUGACAAUCCCUUGUGUUUCACCUUUCUGUUGUUUUGUUUAUUUUCAAGUUUAAUGUUUUUAUGUCUUUUCAUAAUUGUUAGUGUGUUAAUACCUGAAUUUGCAUGAUGAAAAUCUCUUAGACUUGCACAUAAAAGAAUAAGGACGUGUGACUGCUCAUGAAAGUGCGAUGUUUAAAGAGACAAAGAGAUGACUAGGAAAGAUGGAGUUUUGCACGGUGUACUAGUUCAACCUUCAGAUACCUCAGCUGGUGAGCACUUUGAGCCAAAUAAAUUCCACGGUAUACUAUUUCUUUCACAUCUUAUGAGUGUAUCCAUGUUUUGUAUAUUUUCUAGAACUUGCGACUAUUCUCUACUGUUGAUUGGUUUUACAUUUACACACAUAGAGGCACAUUUGUUUGGUACCCUGAGCCUUUUCAAGCUACCCUGUUAUUAUAUAUCUGUUGCUAAACCACUUUGAGCCAAAAAAAAAAAAUCCCCUUUCUUUCGGUGACUAACUCAAUUAUAAGCCUUUUAGACCUGAAAUUUUUUAUCUGUUUACCCUCCUUGGAGUUAGGUAGAAGCUUUAAAUUUCCUUGUCAUGGUAUCAUUUUAAGUUUGGGGUUGCUUCUGGAAUUAGCAACAUCUUAAGUUUGGGGUAGGGGUACUAGAGAACUAAAAAAAAAAAAAAAAAAAAAAGUGAAUAAUAGAGACUCACAAAAAAAUAAUUGAGUUUCUUAAAAAAAAAAAAGAAUAAAGAGCCAUUAAGCAUGAAAAAUAGUGGCAUCUUCAAAAAAAAAAUGAUGAAAAAUAAGUUCUCUAAGUACCUAAUCAACAAUGAAUUGAGCCCCGGUUAUGGUAAUUUUUCAAUAAGGAAUAGUAGUUGAUACCUAACUCCAAUUUAGCCUACUUUUCCCAAAUUUAUCCCACCAUUCACCCGAGUCAAGUUACAACCUUUAAGACCUCAAAAAUGUGUGUCAUGUAUUUACUUUGAUUGACGGUUUAGAAUUUUUUCAAGCUUAUGGUAAAAUAGCAUUUGCAUGUUGAUGGAGUGAAUACCCUGUCAAAUUGAGUGAAUUAGUGAGUGAGAGAUAAGGUUGAACUUUGAACAUCGUGUGGAAUGAUCAUUGAACCGAAGCUGAUUGAAGUCUUGAAAACCAAAACAUUGAUUGAGCAGGAUCACUGAAGUUAAGACCGGUGGUUCUAUUGCCGGAUGAAGAGAAAAAAAGGUUUUUGAGAUUUUUAUCAUUCAAAUUAAUUUGUUAAUUCACUGACAGUUUUGUUUCGACAGACAUAUUACUUGAGGACAAGCAACAAUUCAAGUUUGGGGUUGUGAUGACAUUCCGUCAUUUGAGUAUUUUUAAUUAUUAUUCUAUAGUAUUUUAGUUAAUUUUUAAGAGUAUUGCAUGAUCAAAGAGAAAAAUUUAUGAAGAAAUUGACACAUAAAAGAGUUCGAAGAUAAAAAGCCUAGAAGAAAAAAAAGACUUGGAAAACAUUCUAAAAAUUGCAAAGACUUGGAGAAAUAAGCUUUGAAGCUACUGUUUUUCUCGCGUCCCUGCACAGUUCCAGCCGCGGUGCGAUUUGGAUUUUCCAACACAUGACAUCAUCAACGCAUCAGCAUGAGGCAAUCAAGCUUUUAAUCACAUGCCACCUAGGCAUACACGUGACUUGCUUUGUUGCAAGGCAUAUAAAUAAAGAAGCACUAAACCUAAGAAAGGAUCACGCAGGCACGGAGAAAAGAGCAAAAACGCAGUCACGCACCGACGGCUUGCACAGCAGAGAGAAUUGGUGAUUCAAGUCAUUCGACCGUAAUUUUAUGUGUAAUUCUGAAUACUCUUUUUAUCUCUAAUUAAUAUUAUGAGUAGCUAAUUUCUCAAUUGUUAGGGAUGAGUAAACCUAGAUGACUAUUCUUAUUUUAUGAUUUGAUUUAUGAUUAUUGAAGAAUUCUAUUAAUUAUUUUUCUUA